UGCCAUGGUUUUUAUAUACUAAUUGAGCCACAACAACAUCCCAAUACCGUCGCUCUCGCCUGCUCGAACCAAUACGCGAAUACUACUCUACACGAUGCUCCAUAUCAACCACCCCCAGGAACUCCCGAAUUGGGCAUCCAUGGGCCCGUCAGAUACACAGGGGCUCGGAUUGGAGUCUGAUCUCAUGGAGGAGGAACUGUACGGAAGCCACCUGGGACUCCAUGACUUUGACUUGUCUUCGUCGCAAUUGCUGAGCCCAGAGCUUUGCCCAGAAUUCGACUUGGCCAUGGGCGAGGCGGCCUCGGAGCUGUACCACACGUCGCAACCGAUGGGCGUCGCUAACGCGUUGAAUGCACCACGAUUGGCGGAUAAAAUCACUUCAAUAUUCGGAGAAUCCACGUUCAACAUCGCGCCUGUAUCCAAGCCCAUUGCCGCUGACUUCUCCUUGGACGACCUGCUUCGCUCGGCUUCUCAAUUAGCCACCGAACGUGCGCUCUACAUGAACAUUCCGGCGGGCACUCCCUCUCCCCGAGCAUCACACGAUAGCCCCAGCUCUCGAGUUCGCUUUGUCCAGUCGCCCGUCCUAGACGACCCUUGCAGCUCACCAACGAGUUAUCAAUCAUACAGUGGCAGCGAGGGUGAUUGGGAUCGGGAAUACAACCACGGCGAACCGGUGCAGUUCUACGGACUGCCCGAAAUUGGGUUUUCUGAGGCUGUCCCGCUGCAUCACGCCCUCGACGAGGCGAUGGUCCAACCUCCUUUUGGCGACCCACUGCCCACCCCGAACCCGGGACCGCGCCGCAAAAGCCAGACCAUGGAAAUUAGCCUCAGUAUGGACUCGAAUGAGAGUGGACUUACCCCGCUGGAGAUGCCCGAUGGGAGUACCCGCUUCACGGCCAACUGGCUCCCCGUGGAUCCCGAGGGUGGGUUCACCAUCCGAGCACCACCACCACCCCCAGCGAGCAGGAUUGAUCCCAACAGCAGCUGGGCUCAGGAUCCCGCGGACUACUACUUCGCCCAAAGCGCAUUCAUCUCAAUCCCGACGGAUGCCGGUCUAUCAUCCACGGCAGUGUGAGCCGAUGACACAGACGACUGCGAGCGCGAGAAGCGCACAACACCAUGCACCCAGCCACUAGAUGGUGGGCCACCGCCCGACCGCCCGAUUAGUCCACCCCCGACCAACCAUCACGCCGGUCGCAGGGGGUCCGGAGAAAUUC